AUGGCUCCGUCUGCAAUCUCCGAGUCGCCUCGGGACUCUCAUCCCGGGGUUGCUGACACGCAGCCAGACCUGGUCUUCCAAGACUACGACCACGUCACCUGGUGGGUGGGCAACGCAAAGCAGGCGGCUGCCUACUACGGCACGCUCUUCGGGCUGGACACGUUUGCGUACCGCGGGCUCGAGACGGGCAGCCGGUACUUUACGUCGUAUGCGGUCGGGCACCACGAGGGCGGCGGGCGGGCGGAGAGCAGCAACGGCGACGAGACAGACAAUGUGUGUUUUGUGUUCACGUCGCCGCUGCGAUCGUUCCGCCAUCUGCCAGAGGACGAGCCGAUCUCGGCGGCGGACCGGGCGCUGCUGCGGGAGAUGCACGAGCACCUGGAGCGACACGGCGACGCGAUCAAGGACGUGUGCUUCACGGUAGACUCGGUGGAGGGCGUGUAUGCGCAGGCAGUAGCCGAAGACGAGACGGUGCAGAAGACGGGCAGCGGCCGCGUGGUGGGCGUGCAGGCGCCGACGGUGGUGCAGGAUGACGAGCACGGCGGCAGCGUGACGAUGGCGGUGAUCCGCACGUAUGGCGACACGACGCACACGCUGCUCCACCGGGGCGACUACCAGGGGCCGUUCCUGCCGGGAUUCCGUGCGGUGAAGCCGAAAGCGGCCAAGGCCACGAGCACGAUGAGCCGUCCGAGCCUGCCAUCGGCCCAGGCCCCCCACGUCGGCCUCCGGCGCAUCGAUCACUGCGUCGGCAACCAGGACUGGGACGAGAUGGAGGCGGCCUGCGCGUUCUACGAGCAGCGGCUGGGCUUCCACCGGUUCUGGUCGGUCGACGACUCGCAGAUCUGCACCGAGUACAGCGCGCUGCGCAGCGUGGUCAUGGCCAGUGGCGGGUCGCGCGAGACGGUCAAGAUGCCCAUCAACGAGCCGGCUCCCGGCAAGAAGCGGUCGCAGAUCGAGGAGUUUGUCGUCUUCAACAGCGGUCCGGGCGUGCAGCAUAUUGCGCUGCGCACGGCCGACAUCGUCACGGCCGUGUCGGCGCUGCGGGCGCGCGGCGUCCAGUUCAUCGACGUGCCCGAAACGUACUACACCACCCUGCGCGAGCGGCUCUACGGCGGCGACGCCCAGCAGCAGCAGAAACAGAGGCAGAGGCGGGCGUGGCACAUCACCGAGGAGCAGCUGGCCGUGCUCGAGCAGCUCAACAUCCUCGUCGACUACGACGAGGGCGGGUAUCUGCUGCAGCUGUUCACAAAGCCGCUGAUGGACCGCCCGACCGUCUUUAUCGAGAUCAUCGAGCGCAACAACUUUGAGGGCUUUGGGGCGGGCAAUUUCAAGAGCCUGUUUGAGGCGAUUGAGCGGGAACAGGCCGAAAGAGGAAAUUUGUGA